AUGUCUAAUCGAUUCAAGGCUUUAUUAUCUGUUUUCAAAGCUCGUGUCGGAGACCCUUCACGAGAGCGUGACACUGCAGUAGAGAGAGCGGAGAUAACUGUGGAAGAUGAGGAGGGUAAAUCCAAGAGCCGAUUUACCAUCAGGAUUAUUUGUCGCCAUGGCGUGAUAAAGACUUACCGACUGACUUUUGAGGCGAUCCCUCCAAUGCACGCACUAUUCGUAAAGGCAAAUGCAAACAAUAUGUGGUCAAUUUCAUCAAGAACCCUUCGCGAUUUUGUGGAACAUUUUGGCCCUGGAACGGAACAGCUCGACAUAUAUUCCGAGGAUGGUCGCGUCAGUUUGACGAGUUAUACGGAGAAAAUCAUGUCAGGAAAUGAAAUACUUAAGCAGCCACUGCACACAUCUAUUGCUAUCGACAGCCUUGAAUUUGCAGAAUUCUCGGUCGAAGAACUUCUCCAUAUUGUCAUCAGCGUUAAGGAUUUCAAAUCCAUAAUCACCCAUGCCGGUAUCACAAGCACGAUAGUGAAAGCCUGUUACUCUCGACCAGCAUCACCAAUGCAAUUAACGUACAGCGACGACGGAAUUCUAAGCGAGUUUAUCCUCAUGACAAUCGGCGAAGUUCGAGGGGGCUCAGCAACACCAGCUCCGAAUGCACCUCGAGCAGGUCCCAAGCGGCAAGCAUCAAGACAGCCGGUAGCUACUGCAUCAGCUUCCAAAAGAGCAACGCCUGCCGAAAUGCCUCCUCCGCCUCCCAGGAGCGCUUCAAUGCGUGAGCUCUCAAAGACUAGAGACGUCAGGCCAUCCCCACCGCCACCACAGCCUAGCAUCCCUUCCGACGCUCUUUUCAUGCCACGAGCAGAUGAUGAUAAUGAUAAGAUGUGGGAUCCUGUCAACCAAGAAGAUGAUGACGAUGACAUGCUGCUGUGGGGUCAAGGCGGAGGAGAAAACGACGCGACGGUUAACUCCACGCGUACGCAGCAUGGUGUCACACCUAGUAUGAAUAGCUUUCAGAGCAACAUGUCCAGAGAAGCUUUAGAUAGACAAUUAGCUCCUACCCAACGUCUACCGCCGACUCAAAAAUUAUCCCAGGCAAGACCUUUUCAUCGUAUCAAAGGCAUGUUCGACGACUAG